CAAGUAGAUAACCACAAUAGAUAAGAUUGUGUUGUGCCGGUUCAGUCUGAAACUAUAUUACAAGGAGAAUAACCGCGUUAGUGUCAAAAAAUAAUCAAAAUGGGGUGUGGUGAAUUUCUAGUCAAAUACAUCUUAUUUUUUGCCAACUUGUUCUUUGCGUUAUCAGGCCUCGCGCUCCUGGGUAUCGGAGUAGCCGUCCAGCUGAAGGUCACAGCGAUAACCAGCCUCAUCGAUGGGUGGUAUGAGUUCGGACCCAUCGCCACCAUGGUGGUGGGAUCCGUGGUGUUUUUCAUCGCCUUCCUUGGAUGCUGCGGUGCUAUUAGGGAGAGCAACUGCAUGUUGGUCACUUACUCAAUCUUCAUGAUCGUGCUGAUGGUGGUGAAGAUAGCUCUGGCGACGAUAAUGUUCGUGAACGCGGACUCUUUGGCUACCAGUGUCAAGAAUGAGUUCAACAACGCCUUCCUUAACAACCAGACGGAGUUCCACAAGAUCGAAACGGCGCUGAGUUGCUGCGGUACCGAAGGCGGACAGUCCUACGGGGUGAACAUCGUGUCUCUGCCACCGAGCUGCUGCGCCGAGGGCGCUGUCACCUGUACUCUGCUCAACUCGUAUCCUGGAUGCAACUCGCGCGCCGAGGACUUCAUCUCCACCUUCAGCACGGCGAUUGGUGCUGUUUGCAUUGUCGUCGCCGCUUUGGAGCUGGUGUCGGUGGUGUUUGGCCUCUGCCUCGCGAACCACGUGCGAAACAGGGACAGAAGAACACGUUACUAAAUAUCAGUCUCUUACUUUAUAUUACGACGUGAAAAGAACCGAAUGGGCCUUCAUGUCAUUUAGUUAUAAGAGUGAAAUAUAAGAACAAUAAAUAAGUUUCGUUCCAGUAUGUUGGGGUUAGAUCGAAUCAUGUCAAGAGUGUCAAGAUCAAAGUAUGUAAUCAGGGCCGGAUCUAGGGUAGAGCGAGCGAAGCGGCCGCUCUAGGCGCCGGAUGGCAAAGGGGGCGCUAAAAUGGCAAAUGAGAAAAAAAAAAUAAGUUUUAAAAGACGCGACGCAAGUGUGACGCGGGCCCAAAAUACGGUUCAUUUUACUUUUGGGUAAAAAGCUUCAACGAAGGGCGCCAAAACCCAAUUUCGCUCUACCCUGAUCAAGGACUCGGGCCGGCACUGUAUGUAAUUAAGAGGAAAGGUGACGGUCGCUUCUUCAUGCAAACGUAGUCCCAUUUUCUUCUCUCGUAUAUCCAGAUUUCGUCCAAACUAUUGGCAAUCAUGGUUUGAUCGAUCAGCAAACCAAACAAAUAACUAUAAAAUGUUAACUAAUACAUUUUUAAAAGGAGACAGU